CUUGGCACGCGCACCCCUGCAGCAGCGAAGCACUGCUGUCUCGCCAGCAGCCGCGCGGUCGCCGAAGCUCGUCAAAGGCAAGGAGGCGUCGUCGGCAUAGCUCGGGGCAACGAAUGCAGGGCUCGAUGGCUGCCCCAGAUAAGGCCUAGUUGUAUGCGCACGGAACAUCGUGCACGGAGGCGGCUGCCAGGUGAAGACACGCCAGCCUCCGAUUGCGGGGGUAUGAGCCAUCGCUGACGACGAUAAUUUCUGCUAACGUAAAGGACCCGAAAAAUGCCGACCACCGACAGGCUAACUGGCGUCGCUGCAAAACGGUCCUGGAAGUUGAUCUCCCUGCAUCGAGUACGAGGUUAGACAGUCUACUGUAAAAGAACGGGUAAACGCCAUCGACUGGGAGCAAGAAGAAGAAGACCACGUACCUUGGUCAGCAGUGAGCGGCGGCGGCGGCGGCGGCCAUCUUGAAGAGCUCCUCCCCGGGACUGGAAGCGCGAAUGCGGAGCGACCACUGUCGACCCCAUGGCUACCAAGAUUUCCGGGCCAAACGCGGACGCUGAGCGGGCGAGGAAGUUGGGCGGUGGGACCAGCAGCGACGAUGGACGCCAGCGACACCAGCCCGGACGACCAGCGGGCAGACUGCAACCAGGCGCCAGGUCGCCGUCGGUUCCCCCUUCUCCUGGGGUGAUGGGACGCGCUACCACCAGCCAGGAGUCGCUGCGAUUGGCCACCAACGAAACCAGCCGAGGAGCUGACGGCGCACACGGCUUCCGGCACAUGUUCGACACCUGCGCCCACUGCGACUGGAUCUGGAAAGGCGACGCCUGCGACAUCUUCUACAGGGAACUUGCCGAGUCCCAGACGGAGAGCAUCACGUACGAGCUGGCCUCGCGUCCCGACCCGGGCCUGUUCGCGCGCUUCUUCGGCGAGAAGGGCUACCAGAGGGGACGCGCCGUCCACGACGACGACAAGGCCGUGGCUGCGACCGCUGCGUCGCGCGGAGGCGCUUCGUCACCCACCCGAGGCACCUGGGCGUCGGACGCCGACUGGAGGGCCCAGAUCUCCAACCUCGCGACGCACGAGAAGAAGUCCCGCAAGUCAGCCAAGCUGCUGCUGGCGCAGCAGGCGCUCAACCGCUUGCGACACUGGACGUCCGGCCACCAUCACCACCACCACGCGAUGACCACGGACAACGGAGGAUCCCCGGUCAGGCAAGACCUCAUGGACGUCGCCAAGUCGGCCGAGGAGGCCAAGACGCUCUUGCGCAGGUCCCGCGCAGAAGACUGCCCAGAGGCCUACUCGGAGGACAUGUCCACGGUCGCCAGCGGGGGCGUCGGCUGCGUCGCGGGCGCCAAGACGUCGUCGUCGGCCGGCGACCUGCUGCUCGGCCUGGGGCCGACGCACUACAAGGGCAUCUCGCGCAGGGUCCAGUCCAGCACCGCCGUGGCGGUCAAGACGCAGGACGCCGGACACGCGAGGCGAGUUGCACAUUCUGCACGUACGGUCGGGGCUUCUGGCGACUUCUGCUGCCCCGCGGCAGCCGGGGGCGCGUUCGUACCGGAAGGCCGCGCCCUGAGCGCCGCGUCGUCCGAGGAGGCCUGGUCGACGACGGGCAAGAAGGGAGGCCACCAUUUUGCCUCCAGCCAGAGGUCCAUCGACGGUUUCUUCAAGCGCCUCGUCCGGAAGAAGUGA